CAUCUUUCUCGCCAUCAAAGAUGUUUCAAUCCCGGAUUCCGCUUCUACACCAAGGGUGUGCUAAGCUGACUGAAAAGCCUCAUGCAUUUGUUCGUUGCUUGUCUGCCACUGACUUCUUGGCCCAGACCAAUACACCUCGAUCCGGUACUCGAGGAGUCACUACCUCUUCCACCUCGAACUCGAGCGGAGCCUCCCAGGCUCGACCUAGGAGGCCUAUCAUCCCACCAGCUCGCCUAAAUUCCAGAAACACGGACUCCGAUCGUCCUCUUCCUCGAAGAGUUAUUGAUGCAAGAUCCUUAGCCGCUGGUCGAAGCGGUUCUCAGCCCACCAACAUCAUAAGGGGGCCAAGACUUCGGACUCCUCAGAAUGUAACAGCUGCCCGGAGCCGCGGACCGAGACCUCCCACGCAAAAGUUCACGACCAAAGAUCGGAGACAACGUCGCACACGCACCCCAUCAGAUGUCGAUAUAGAUGAGGCGAUCGAUGGACAAGGGAUCAGAGACGUGUUCGAUGAACUUGCAGAGCAAGCAAAGCCCGUCUCCGUUCGUUAUGAUCCGGAGCCCGUCACCUUGGACUCUCUAAGGGAGACGUGGCCAGCUUUGCCUACCGAUGUCGGUGCUCAUAUAGCCGGAGUUGCUGAGACACUGUCGUCGAUUAGCGCCCGCUUCGCCCACGGUUAUGUUUCUCCUACAGAAAUGGGCAAGCGGCUAUUCCAAGGGAGAUAUGUUCGCUUCUUGGACGAAGAGGAGAAGUCACUUGCUGUAGCAGAGGCAAGGAGGCUGUCUCAAGUACUUGCGGACAAGCUCUCACAGCGAAAAGGCGAUCUGGUUGAGCCCAACGAAGUCGCGUUCAGCCCAAUUGACGAAAAGGAUCGAAAGACUCUGAUUGAAAUGCUCGUUCAGGGUAAAUAUUCAAAGACUUUAGAUGGGCAGUCUGCCCAAUCUCCCGUCCUGGAUCAGAUUGCGACGAACCUGAAAAACAACGGGUCAUAUCUCACAGCUGGAAAGGAUAUGCAGUUCUUUGCUAAGGUGGAAUCACUUUUGAGCUCUGGCCGUCCUACAAGGCGUAUUUAACCGUCCUCGUUCUUGCUGUACUUCAUGUAUACUUAGUCAUUUAUUCUUACAUGCUUUGCUGUUGCUGAUGUG